GAAUUAACGCCCAAUUACGGAUAGUGUGGAUCAAACUUGAGUUCACUGGACUCUGCCACUACGGAAAUCUGGAUCGCAUCUUAAUUAAGCCUCGAGAGAGACAUUAGUAUUUUUAUUCGCUCAUUCCACCGGUCAGAAACGUGUGCAAGCUAACAACAUCGCUAGGCAAAAGGAAGUCGUUGCUUUCGAGUUUCCCACCCAUGGCAUCCUCCGCCGGCGACCCGCUCCUCUCCGGCGAGGCCGGCGACGGCCGCCGCAGGUUCGUCCCGUCCACCAUACGGCUCAAGACGUCGGUGUGGUCGGAGCUGGGCGGCGCGGUGGGCGAUCUGGGCACCUACAUCCCCAUCGUGCUGGCGCUGUCGCUCGCGUCCCACCUCGACCUCGGCACCACGCUCAUCUUCACCGCGCUCUACAACUUCGCCACCGGGCUCCUCUUCGGCAUCCCCAUGCCCGUCCAGCCCAUGAAGUCCAUCGCCGCCGUCGCGCUCUCCUCCGCGCACCUCACCAUCCCGCAGAUCAUGUCCGCUGGCCUCGCCGUCGCCGCCAUCCUCCUCUUCCUCGGCGUCACCGGCCUCAUGACCACCCUCUACCGCCUCCUCCCGCUCCCCGUCGUGCGCGGCGUCCAGCUCUCGCAGGGCCUCUCCUUCGCCUUCACCGCCGUCAAGUACAUCCGCUACGUGCAGGACUUCUCCCGUUCCUCCUCUGCUUCCACCUCCGUGCCGCGCCCCCUCCUCGGCCUCGACGGCCUUGUCCUCGCGCUCGCCGCGCUACUGUUCAUAAUCCUCGCCACCGGCUCCGGCGACGACGAGGACGUCAACAGGGACGGCACGAGCCGUCGCCGUCGCUCCUGCAGCCGCGUCCCGGCGGCGCUAAUCGUGUUCGCGCUCGGCUUGGUGCUCUGCUUCGUUCGUGAUCCGUCCAUCCUGCAGGAUCUCCGCUUUGGGCCGGCGCCGUUGGGGCUGGUCAAGAUAACCUGGGACGAUUUCAAGAUCGGGUUCUGGGAGGGCGCCGUGCCGCAGCUCCCGCUGUCCGUGCUGAACUCGGUGAUCGCCGUGUGCAAGCUGUCGUCGGACCUGUUCCCGGAACGGGCCGAGCUCUCGCCGGCGCGGGUGUCGGUGAGCGUGGGGCUCAUGAAUUUCGUGGGGUGCUGGUUCGGCGCCAUGCCGUGCUGCCACGGCGCGGGCGGGCUGGCGGGGCAGUACCGGUUCGGCGGCCGGACCGGCGCGUCCGUGGUGUUCCUGGCCAUCGGCAAGCUGGCGCUCGGGCUGGUGUUCGGCAACUCGUUCGUGACGAUCCUGGGGCAGUUCCCGAUCGGGAUACUGGGCGUCAUGCUGCUCUUCUCCGGGAUCGAGCUCGCCAUGGCGUCGCGCGACAUGGGGAGCAAGCAGGAGUCGUUCGUCAUGCUGGUCUGCGCCGGCGUGUCGCUCACAGGCUCGAGCGCCGCGCUGGGCUUCAUCUCCGGAAUCGUGCUGUACCUGUUGCUACGCCUGAGGGAUUUGGAGUGGGAUAUCAGAGGACUGCUCGGUCGCUGGGCCGCGGGACGGCGGCAAUCGACCAACGAGGCCAAUGAAGAUGGGGCUGGAGAUGCUUGAUCGAAAUCUUGAGAACAUCUGUUGAUUUGAGAUUUUGAGUGUGGUGUGAAUUGUUCGAGCGAAUAUAUAUAGUAUCAACAUGCAUAGCGGAUAGCCACGAGUGAUUGAAUUUCUGAAUGGAGUAACUCCACAUAAUCGCCCAAACUUUCAAACCAACUACUCCCUCUGUCCUUAAACAUCUUAAAUGUUUGACGCCGUUGGCUUUUUU